AUGGAUGGAAAUAAUAAUAAUAAUAAUAAUAAUAAUAAUAAUAAUAAUAAUGAAGAAGAUAAUAAUUUAGCAAAAGAUAAUAUUUUAAAAGAUUUUGAUAAUAAUGAUAAUAGCAAUGAUAAUAAUAAUUUAACAAAAUCAACAGAUGAAAAUAAAGAACAAGAACAAGUUAAAAGAAGAUUAUCAUUUCAAAAUUUAGAUAAUCAUCCAAUGAAUACAGUUUCAAAGAAUCAAGCACAUAAUGCAUACACUUUUCAAGCCUAUGAUCAAAAAGAUGUUAGAACAGGAGCAUAUCCAAAAUUAUCCAUUGAUUUAUUUGGUACUUCAAAAGAGAUUCCACAAAUUUUUCAUGAGAUGAAACAACAAAUUGGUGAAAAGCGUGCCAAUAGACCAUCAUCACCAACUCAAUACCUCUCCACGAUUCAAUCAUCGACAACAACCGUUCAAAAACAACAAGCUAAAUCUUUUGCUGAAACUUUAUCAAUUAAAGAUAUUUUCAAUCAACCACCACCAUCAACAGCUACACCAGCAUCUACAUCGACUUCAAGUACAACUACAAUUGGUAAAGGUGAGAAUCAUAAUGCAAUUAUUCAAGGUGCAGAUGUUGUAAUACCACCAACUAAAAAAGAGAUAUCAGGAGGUGAACAUACUCCAAUCGAAAUGAAACCAAUGGGUCAAACCGCUGAAUUAUCUAAAAAGGAUAAAUCUGCAACCAAACAAAAAGCUUCCGAAUAUGAUGUUAAUGAACAUGAACUAACACUUGAACAAAUUUCUGAAAAAUUUUCAACAAAUAUUAAUUCAAAUGAUCCAUCAUUAUCAUCUGGUUUAACACAAUCAUUAGCAAAUGAAUUAUUAAUUAGAAAUGGUAAAAAUAUAUUAAAACCACCAAAAGAGGUACCAUGGUAUGUUCAAUUAGGAAAAUGUUUUACAAAUUUCUUUAUGAUACUUUUAGAAGUUGCAGGAGCAUUAUGUUUUUUAGCUUAUGGAUUGGAUAGAAAUCAAAGGGUAAAUUUAUAUUUGGCAUGCGUUUUAUAUGCAAUUGUAAUAUUUACAUGUUUAUUAACAUUCUCACAAGAGCGUCAAACUGGUAACAUUAUGAAAUCAUUUAAGAAUCUUUUACCACAAUCAUGUCGUGUUAUUCGUGAUGGUUCAGAGACCAAAGUCAAGGUGGAGGAUAUUGUAGUUGGUGAUAUUGUAAUGUGUCAAGCUGGUGAUAAAGUACCUGCCGAUAUUCGUAUUAUCACAUGUAAUGGUAUGAAAGUGGAUAAUUCAUCAUUGACUGGUGAGAGUGAUGCCCAAUCUUGUACUGUUACAUGUACCGAUGAUAAUCCAUUGGAGACUCAUAAUCUUGCUUUCUGUGGUACAUUGGUUAUGGAUGGUUCAGCUCGUGGUGUUGUAAUUAGAACUGGUUCAAAUACAUUGAUUGGUAAAAUCGCAGAUUUAGCAUCAAAUACAGAACAAACCGAAACAACAUUACAAAUCGAAAUUAAAAGAUUCGUUCAUUUCAUCACUGCAUUGGGUAUCACUAUGGGUUUGAUCUUCUUUAUCAUUGGUUUCGCAGUUGGUAUUGAUUCAAUUCAAAAUUUAAUUAAUGUGUUGGGUUUAAUUGUUGCAAAUGUACCAGAGGGUUUACCAUCAACUAUUACAGCUUGUUUAACGGUUACAGCACGUCGUUUGUCAAGAAGAAAUGUUUAUAGUAAGAAAUUGGAAUCCAUUGAAACAUUAGGUUCAAUUACAUUGAUUGCAUCAGAUAAAACAGGUACUCUCACUCAAAAUCGUAUGACCGUUAGCCAUAUGUGGUAUGACAAUACCAUUGUUAGAGCCAUUGAAAAUGGUGGUACCAUUGGUCGUCAGUUAUUCGAUAUUGGUACACCAACUUGUGCAGCAUUAUUAAAUGUAGGUGCUUGUUGUAAUCGUGCAGAUUUCGAUAGAUUAUUAGAGGGUAAUAUGGAAAGACCAAUUGAAAAUCGAUUAAUUCUUGGUGAUGCUUCAGAGAGUGCAAUUCUUCGUCUUUGUCAUACAAUUGAAGAUAUUGAAAUUACUCGUGCUAAAAAUCCAAAAGUUUUUGAAAUCCCAUUCAAUUCAACAAAUAAAUGGCAACUUUCAAUUCAUAAACUACCAAAUGAUCAACCACAAUCAAAUACUUCUACCGCUAGAAUAUUGUAUAUGAAAGGUGCACCAGAGAUUAUCUUUGAAAAAUGUUCAAAACUUAUGAUUAAUGGUAAAGAAUUGGAAAUUGAUGAAAAGAUAAAGAAUGAUUUCAUUCAAGCAUAUGAAGCAUUGGGUAGUAUGGGUGAAAGAUGUUUAGGUUUCGCUCAAUUAUUAUUAGAUAAUGAAAAUACCGUACCAAAUGAUAUGUAUGAUGCUCAAACUUUAAAUUUCCCAAUGACAGGUUUAACAUUUGUUGGUUUAUGUUCAUUAUUAGAUCCACCAAGAGAAAAUGUACCAUUUGCAGUUCAUCAAUGUAAAACAGCUGGUAUUAAAGUUAUUAUGGUCACUGGUGAUCAUCCAAUCACUGCUAAAGCUAUCGCUAAAAAAGUUGGUAUCAUCUCCUCACCAACUGCCGAAGAUAUAGCAUUGGAAAGAGGUAUUCCACUCUCACAAGUCGAUGAUAAUGAAGUUAAAGCUGUGGUUUUACAUGGUGGUCAAAUUCGUGAACUAACUGAUGCAGAUUGGGACCGUGUCCUAAGUAAGAGUGAAAUUGUUUUCGCAAGAACUUCACCUCAACAAAAAAGUCAAAUCGUAGAAAAUGCUCAAAAAAGAAAAGAAGUAGUUGCUGUAACUGGUGAUGGUGUAAACGAUUCACCAGCUUUAAAGAAAGCAGAUAUUGGUGUUGCUAUGGGUAUUGUAGGUAGUGAUGUUGCAAAAGAAACUGCCGAUAUCAUUUUAUUGGAUGAUAAUUUCGCAUCAAUUGUAGCUGGUAUCGAAGAAGGUAGAAUCAUUUUCGAUAAUUUAAAGAAAUCCAUCGCUUAUACACUCUCUCAUGCAGUUCCAGAGGUAGCACCAUUCCUUUUAAAUAUUAUUUCAGGUAUUCCAUUGGCAAUAACAUCAUUCUUAAUUCUUUGUAUCGAUUUGGGUACAGAAAUGGCACCUGCAAUCUCUUUGGCUUAUGAAACUGGUGAAAAGGAUAUUAUGAGUCGUAAACCACGUGUUUUAGGUAAAGAUCAUUUAGUAACUACAAAUCUCUUAUCUUAUAGUUAUCUUCAAGCUGGUCCAAUCGAAGCUAUCAUUUCAUUCUUAAAUUUCUUCUUGGUAUUGGCUCAUCAUGGUUUCCCACCUCAUUCUCUUCCAGGAACUACAAAUGAUUACUUUUUUGAAGGUUGUGGUAAGUAUUUAGGUUUCGAAUCGGAUUAUCAAGUUGAAGCUCUUCGUCAAGCUCAAACCGCUUAUUUUAUGACUUUGGUAACUUGUCAAUUCUUUAAUCUAAUAACUAAUAGAACUCGUGUCGUUCCUUUGUGGUCUCAUAAAAUUUUAAGUAAUUGGUAUAUCAAUAUUGGUUUAGUUAUUGAAGCUGGUAUUUGUGCUUUUGUUGUAUACACUCCAUUCGUUCAUACAAUUAUCGAAUCAGCUUCUGUACCAGGUUUAUUUUGGGCUUAUCCACUUCCAAUGAUAUUUUGUCUUUUUAGUUGGAAUGAAAUUCGUAAACGUAUAGCCUAUGAUAGACCAGAUUGGAAAAUUUCUUCAUCAUUAGGUUUUUAA